GCAGCAUCCACAUGGUCUAACUGUCUUUGAAGAUUUUGUGUACUGGAGUGACCGCUACACUAAUCGAGUAAUUCGGGCCAAUAAAUGGCAUGGAGGCAACCAGACAGUUAUGAUUUAUAACAUUCACCAGCCUUUGGGCCUUGUGGCAGUGCAUCCUGUAAAGCAGCCUAAUGGUAUUAAUUCCUGUGCAUCGUCCCCCUGUAGCCAUCUCUGCUUACUUUCUUCAUCUGGACCACUUUUUUUUUCCUGUGCUUGCCCUUCAGGAUGGAUCCUUUCUCCUGAUAACAGGAACUGCUUGAGAGUUGAACACCCUUUCCUUAUUGCUGUAAGAGAUAAUAUAAUUUAUGGAAUUUCUCUGAAUCCUGAGGAGAAGACAAAUGAUGCUAUGGUCCCAAUAGCAGGAGUUCAAAAUGGUGUUGAUGUUGACUUUGAUGACUCUGAACAGAUGAUUUAUUGGGCUGAAAAUCCAGGUGAAAUUCACAGAGUGAGGUCAGAUGGAGUCAACAGGACAGUUUUUGCUCCAGCAACUGUUAUUGGUGCUCCUGUUGGUCUGGCACUAGACUGGAUAUCUGCAAACAUGUAUUACAGUAACCCAGGGACACAGUCAAUUGAGGUCCUGAAGCUGCAUGGUGAAAUAAUGUACAGGAAAACACUGAUUACCAAUGAUGGCACCUCUCUGGGAGCUGGCACACCGAUUGGUUUGGCAGUUGAUCCAGCAAGAGGGAAGUUGUAUUGGACAGACCAGGGAACUGACAGUGGAGUCCCAGCAAAGAUUGCUAGUGCAAACAUGGAUGGCUCAGGCAUACAAACCCUCUUCACUGGCAACCUGGACCACGUAGAGUUCCUUACCAUUGACAUUAGGGAACAAAAGUUGUACUGGGCUGUCACAAGCACAGGAAUGAUUGAGAGAGGCAAUGUGGAUGGUACAAAUCGUGUGACUCUGGUGGUUCAUCUUUCCCAUCCCUGGGGAGUUGCUGUGUACGGUACAUUUCUGUACUAUACCGAUCGAGAUUACGAAGUAAUUGAACGAGUUGACAAGGCCACCGGUGCAAAUAAAGUAGUACUGAGAGAUAAUGUCCCAAGACUGAAGAGCCUACGUGUGUAUUACAGAGACAAUUCUGCUGGUUCCUCAAAUGGCUGCAGUAAUAAUAUUGGAGUUUGCCAGCAGCUUUGCCUGCCUGUACCUGGUGGAUUAUUCUCCUGUGCCUGUGCUACUGGCUUUCAACUAAAUCCUGAUAACAGAACCUGUUCACCAUACAGUUCAUUUGUAGUUGUUUCUAUGCUCUCUGCAAUUAAAGGAUUUAGUUUAGAGACAUCAGAUCACUCUGAAGCCAUGGUUCCACUGGCAGGAAGAGGACGAAAUGCACUUCAUGUGGAUGUUCACAUGCCUUCUGGUUUCAUUUACUGGUGUGACUUCAGUAGCACUGUUUCUUCUCAGAAUGCAAUACGUAAAAUUAAACCUGAUGGUUCUUAUUUUAGAAAUGUUGUUACAAAUGGAAUAGGACGAAAUGGGAUCCGUGGCAUUGCAAUUGACUGGGUAGCAGGAAAUCUUUAUUUUACAAAUGCAUUCCUGACAGAGACUUUUAUAGAAGUUUUGCGUUUAAACACAACUUAUCGCCGUGUGCUUCUGAAAACUACCAUUGACAUGCCAAGGCACAUUGUGGUUGACCCAAAAAACAGAUAUCUCUUCUGGGCAGAUUAUGGGCAAAAUCCAAAGAUCGAACGUGCUUUUCUUGACUGCACCAACAGAACAGUUCUUGUGUCUGAGGGCAUUGUCACACCUCGUGGGUUGGCCAUAGAUCACAGCAGUGGCCAUGUUUACUGGGUGGAUGAUUCCUUAGAUAUGAUUGCAAGAAUUCAGCCCGAUGGUGGUGAUGUUGAAAUUGUACGUUAUGGCAGUCGCUAUCCUACUCCAUAUGGUAUCACUAUCUUUGGCAAUUCCAUGAUUUGGGUGGAUCGAAACCUGAAAAAAGUCUUCCAAGCCAGCAAGCAGCCAGGCAAUACUGAUCAGCCCACAGUAAUAAGAGAUAACAUUAAUUGGCUGAGGGAUGUUACAAUUUACAACAGUAAUUUCCAGUCACGUUCACCCCUUGAUGUCAACAACAAUCCUUGUUUGGACAACAAUGGAGGUUGUUCUCACCUCUGUUUUGCCCUGCCUGACAUUCAGACGCCGAAAUGUGGUUGUGCCUUUGGAACACUGGGCAGUGAUGGAAAGAGAUGUUCCAUUUCAACAGAUGAUUACCUGAUUUUUGCUCUUGAGAAUGCCCUCAGAAGUAUCCACCUGGAUCCUGAAAACCACAGUCCUCCCUUCCGCACAGUCAAUGUAUUAAGAACUGCUGUGGCUCUGGAUUUUGACAGCAUAAACAACCGAAUAUAUUUUACACAAAGUUAUCCUUCAGGAACAGGAAGAAUCAGUUAUAUUAGUAUUUACUCAGGAAUUGGCUCUCCAACUGUAGUUGCAUCUGACCUGGGGACUCCAGAUGGCAUAGCCUUUGACUGGAUCAACAACAGAGUUUACUACAGUGACUACCUCAAUCAGACCAUCAGCUCAAUGGCUGUGGAUGGAUCAAACCGUACAGUGAUCGCCCGGGUGCCGCGGCCAAGGGCCAUUGUAUUAGACCCCUGCAGAGGAUAUAUGUACUGGACUGACUGGAGUUCAAAUGCAAAGAUUGAACGAGCUACACUUGGAGGAAACUUCAGAACACCUAUUGUGAGCACAAACUUGGUAUGGCCAAAUGGACUUACCCUGGACUAUGAAGAACAGCAGCUGUACUGGGCUGAUGCAAAUCUGCAGAAGAUUGAGAGAUGCACUCUAACUGGUACAAAUCGUGAGGUAAUUGUUAGCACUGCUCUGCAUCCAUUUGCAAUGACAGUGUUUGAUCAGCACAUAUAUUGGACAGACUGGAACACACGAAGCAUUUAUAGAGCUAAUAAGUAUGAUGGUUCAGAUCAGAUUGUAAUGAUCAUGAAUCUUCCACAAAGACCAAUGGAUAUUCAUGUCUGGGCAAAAAGCAAGCAGCAGCAGUGUAUGAACCCUUGCAACCAGUUCAAUGGUGGCUGCAGUCACAUCUGUGCACCAGGUCCAGCUGGUGCAGAAUGUCAGUGCCCCUCUGAAGGUCGCUGGUAUUUAGCCAAUAACAACAAGCACUGUAUCGUGGAUAAUGGUACCAGGUGUGAUACUGGUUUCUUCACAUGCCUUAAUGGACAUUGUAUCUCUGAGCGGUGGAAAUGUGACAAUGACAAUGAUUGUGGUGAUGGCAGUGAUGAGUUGGAAAGUGUGUGUGCUUUCCAUACUUGUCAGCCAACAGCUUUCACCUGUAGCAAUGGGCGCUGCGUACCGUAUCAUUACCGCUGCGAUCACUACAAUGACUGUGGAGAUAACAGUGAUGAGCUUGGCUGCUUGUUUAGAACCUGUGACUCCCACACAGAAUUUACUUGCAAUAAUGGAAGGUGUAUAUCCCUUCAGUAUGUCUGCAAUGGAGUAAACAACUGCUAUGACAAUGGCACAUCAGAUGAGAGGAAUUGUCCGGAGCGUACGUGCCAGUCUGGUUUUACAAAAUGUCAAAGCACAAAUAUUUGCAUUCCUCGAACGUAUUUGUGUGAUGGUGAUAAUGACUGUGGAGAUAUGAGUGAUGAGAGUCCUACUCACUGUGUGUCUCUGACUUGUACAAAUAGUGAGUUUCGUUGUACAUCGGGACGUUGUAUUCCUGCUCAUUGGUACUGUGAUCAAGGAAUAGACUGUGCUGAUGGCUCUGAUGAGCCUGCCUCUUGUGUGCCCCAAAUGCGGACUUGUUCGAGCGACCAGUUCAGAUGUGAUGAUGGCAGAUGUAUCCCAGCGACGUGGAUCUGUGAUGGUGAUAAUGACUGUGGGGACAUGAGUGAUGAGGAUCAAAGGCACAACUGUGCAAACCGCAACUGCACAGCAGCAGAGUUCACUUGUGCCAACAAUCGACCCCCACUCAGGAGGUGCAUUCCUCGGGCAUGGGUCUGUGAUGGUGAUGCUGACUGCAGUGAUGCUCUUGAUGAACACCAGAACUGCACACGAAGAUCUUGCACAGAAAAUGAGUUUACCUGUAGUAAUGGCUUGUGCAUCCGUAACACAUACAGAUGUGAUAGGCGGAAUGACUGUGGUGACAGCAGUGAUGAAAGAGGAUGCAUCUAUGAACCAUGUCAACAGCACCAGUUUACUUGUCAGAAUGGGCGCUGCAUUUCCAAAGCCUACAUCUGUGAUGGGGAUAAUGACUGUGGUGAUGAAUCUGAUGAGCUGGAACAUCUCUGCAGCACACCAGAAGCGACCUGCUCUCCCCAUCAUUUUAAAUGUGACAAUGGAAACUGCAUUGAGCUGGUUAAAGUCUGCAAUCGAUUGGAUGAUUGCUUGGACAACAGUGAUGAAAAAGGAUGUGGUGUAAAUGAAUGCAAUGACCCUUCAAUCAGUGGAUGUGAUCAUGACUGUACAGACACACAGACAAGUUUCUACUGUUCUUGUCAUCCUGGAUACAAACUUAUGUCUGAUAAACGGACUUGUGAUGAUAUUGAUGAGUGCAAUGAAACUCCAUCAGUAUGUAGCCAGAUUUGUGAGAACACAGCUGGCUCCUACAUCUGUAAGUGUGCCCCAGGCUAUAUCCGGGAGCCUGAUGGAAAAAGUUGCCGGCAAAAUAGUAAUAUCUCCCCAUACCUUAUUUUUAGCAACCGUUACUAUCUGAGAAAUCUCACAGCAGAUGGCCAGUCUUACUCUCUCAUUUUGCAAGGACUGAGAAAUGUGGUGGCACUGGACUUUGACAGGGUGGAAAAGAGGUUAUACUGGAUUGAUGUGGGGAGGAAUGUCAUUGAACGAAUGUUCCUAAAUGGAACAAAUAAGGAGGCAGUGAUAAGUGAUGAUGUGCCCAACGGGGAAGGUAUCGCUGUUGACUGGGUUGGCAGAAAAUUGUACUGGGUAGAUGCCUACCGAGAUUGUCUCUAUGUCUCUGAACUUGAUGGAAGAUUCCGUAAAAAACUGCUGGAUCGGUGUGUGGAUGCCAACAAUACUUUCUGCUUUCAGUAUCCCAGAGCAAUUGUUGUUCAUCCAAAAUAUGGACAGAUUUACUGGACAGACUGGGCAGAUCGAGCCUAUAUUGGACGAGCUGGCAUGGAUGGCAAGGAGAAGACUGUGAUCAUCUCUACAAAGUUAGAGUGGCCCAAUGGACUUACCAUAGAUUACACCAACGACAAGCUCUACUGGACUGAUGCUCAUCUAAAUUAUAUUGAGUACUCUGACCUGGAUGGACAUCAUCGUCACACGGUAUAUGAUGGGACUCUAUCUCAUCCAUUUGCAAUAACAGUUUUUGAAGACACAAUAUAUUGGACUGACUGGAACACACGGACAGUUGAAAAAGGGAAUAAAUAUGAUGGAUCAGAAAGGACUGUUCUUGUGAAUACCACGCACAGACCAUUUGACAUUCAUGUUUACCAUCCGUACAGACAACCAUUUGUUAAUAAUCCUUGUGGCACCAAUAAUGGUGGCUGUUCCCACCUCUGCCUAAUAAAAGCUGGUGGUCAGGGGUUUUCCUGUGAAUGUCCUGAUAACUUCAUGGUCAUACAGUUCGGCAAUACAGCCCACUGCCUUCCAAUGUGCUCUAGCACCCAGUUUCUCUGUGCAGACACUGAGAGGUGUAUUCCCAUCUGGUGGAAAUGUGAUGGACAGAGGGACUGUCGAGAUGGCUCUGAUGAGCCCCCAACCUGUCCACAUCGGUACUGUCCUGUGGGGCAGUUCCAGUGUAAUGAUGGGAACUGCACAAGUUCACAUUUCUUGUGCAAUACCCUGCCAGAUUGCCAUGACAGAUCAGAUGAAGAUCCUGUACUUUGUGCUAAUCACCAGUGUGAAACUCAUCAGUGGCAGUGUGCCAACAAACGAUGUAUCCCAGAAGCCUGGCAGUGUGAUAGAGAGGAUGACUGUGGUGACAACUCAGACGAAGAUAGUGCUCACUGUGCCAGUAGAACCUGUCCCCCAGGCCAAUUUAAAUGUGACAAUGGCCGCUGCAUCCCGCAGUCCUGGAAGUGUGAUGUGGAUGAUGAUUGUGGUGAUAACUCUGAUGAGCCAUUCCACGAAUGCAUGGGACCUGCUUAUCGAUGUGACAAUCACACACAAUUCAGCUGUAGAAGCAACUACCGUUGUGUACCAUUGUGGGCAGUGUGCAAUGGGAAUGAUGACUGUAGAGACAACAGUGAUGAACAAGGCUGUGAGGAGAUGACUUGCAGUCCUUCUGGAGAUUUCCGUUGUGACAAUCAUCGAUGUAUCCCACUGCGCUGGAAGUGUGAUGGAGAUGAUGACUGUGGAGAUAACUCUGAUGAGCACAACUGCAGUCCUCGUGAGUGCACAGAAAGUGAAUACCGUUGUGACAAUCUGCGCUGCAUUCCUUCCCGGUGGAUCUGUGACCACGAUGAUGACUGUGAAGACAAUUCAGAUGAACGUGACUGUGAGCUGAGAACCUGCCACCCAGGUUAUUUCCAGUGUGCUAGUGGACACUGUGUUGCAGAGCGCUUCAGAUGUGAUGGAAAUGCAGACUGCCUUGAUUUCUCUGAUGAAGCAACUUGUCCAACACGGUAUCCUAAUGGUACAUACUGUCCACCCAUGCUGUUUGAAUGCAAAAACCAUGUCUGUAUUCAGCCAUACUGGAAAUGUGAUGGGGAUAAUGAUUGUGGAGAUAAUUCCGAUGAAGAACUUCAUCUUUGCUUGGAUAUUGCUUGUGAAUCUCCAUUCCGUUUCCGGUGUGAAAACAAUCGCUGUAUAUACAGUCAUGAGCUGUGCAACCAGGAGGAUGACUGUGGAGAUGGAAGUGACGAGAAAGAGGAACACUGUAGAGAGCCAACACCAAGACCUUGUAAAACUGAAGAAUUCAAGUGCAGUAAUGGAAAUUGCAUUCCCCUACAUUAUGUCUGUGACAAUUACGAUGACUGUGGAGACCAUUUUGAUGAAAUGGGCUGCAAUCCUGGAACAGAGAGAACUUGUGCAGAAAAUAUCUGUGAACAUAACUGUACCAACCUGACUGAAGGCUUUAUCUGCUCCUGUAGGCCAGGGUACAAGGCCAGUGAAACUAACCGUAACUCCUGUGAAGAUAUCAAUGAGUGUGAGAUCUAUGGAACAUGCACCCAGGACUGCAAGAAUUCCAAAGGAAGCUAUGAAUGUUUCUGUGCAGACGGCUUCAGGUCUGUGGGUGACCAGCAAGGGAAACAGUGUGCAGCUGAUGGUAAUCCUCCAUUGUUACUGCUGCCAGAUAAUGUGCGGAUUCGAAGGUACAAUAUCUCCUCAGAACAGUACUCUGACUAUAUUGAUAACCAGGAGCGCAUCCAAGCUCUGGAUUAUGACUGGGACCCUGAAGGGAUAGGCCUGAGUAUUGUGUACUUCAGCAUUCUGGGACAGGGUUCUGAGUUUGGAGCCAUCAAACGUGCUUAUCUCCCCACUUUUGACAGCAGUAGGAACAAUCCAACAAAGGAAGUUGACUUGAAUCUCAAAUACAUAGUUAGUCCUGAUGGGUUAGCUGUUGACUGGGUCGGAAGACAUCUUUACUGGACUGACGCAGGGACUAAUCGCAUAGAGGUGGCAAAAUUAGAUGGACGGUAUAGAAAAUGGCUUAUUUUUUCUCAACUGGAUCAACCAGCAGCUAUCUCUGUCAAUCCAAAACGUGGGCUCAUGUAUUGGACGGACUGGGGAAGGCAGCCAAAGAUUGAAUGUGCCUGGAUGGAUGGACAACAAAGACAAACUCUGGUCUCUGAAGACCUUGGCUGGCCAACUGGUCUUUCUAUUGAUUAUUUGAACAAUGAUAGGAUCUAUUGGAGUGAUUCUAAAGAAAAUAUAAUUGAAUCCAUGAGACCUGAUGGGACAGACAGAACCAUUGUACUACAUGGAGAAGUAGGCAGUCCAUACAGCCUUGAUGUCUUUGAAGGCCAUUUAUACUGGAUAGCUAAAGAACGAGGAGAAGUCUGGAAGAAGGAUAAAUUUGGAAGUGGAGAAAAAGUAAAAGUGCUGACCGUAAAUCCAUGGCUUACCCAAGUGCGCAUCUAUCACCAGCACAGAUACAAUCAAUCAGUGCCUAAUCCUUGUAAAGAUGUCUGCAGCCACCUCUGCUUGCUGAGACCAGGAGGAUACACAUGCUCAUGUCCUCAAGGGACUCGGUUCCUAGAAGGCAGCAGCACAGAAUGUGAUGCAGCUAUUGAAGCCCCUCCCACAAUGCCACCAGCUUGCAGGUGCAUGAAUGGUGGAACAUGCUAUAUGGAUGAAAGCAGUCUUCCCAAAUGCAAAUGUUCUUAUGGAUACACUGGGAAUUAUUGUGAAAUGGGAUUGUCGAAAGGAGUCCCUCCUGGAACAACAGCAGUAGCAGUGUUGCUGACAGUCAUACUCAUCAUAAUUAUUGGAGUCUUAGCGGUUGGAGGCUUUUUUAACUACAGACGGACAGGCUCCCUUUUACCAGCGCUUCCCAAACUACCAAGUUUAAGCAGUCUUGUAAAAUCUAAUGAGAAUGGCAAUGGGGUAACUUUCCGAUCUGGAGCAGAUGUGACUAUGGACAUAGGAGUCUCUGGCUUUGGGGGAGAUUCUGCUAUAGACAGAGCAAUGCAAAUGAAUGAAAACUUUGCAGUGGAGUCGGGGAAGCAACCAAUCACAUUUGAAAAUCCAAUGUAUACAACCAGAGAUGGUGGAGCCAGCACAGCUGGUGCAGUUACGGUCGUUCGGCCAACACUUGUAGCAGCAGCUGGUAGUGAGGAAAAUGAAAAUUUUGAAAAUCCUGUGUAUUCCUCUGUGGUAUCUGCUAGCCCAAAGGAAACCCCUCAGAGUACUGAUGUACCUCCGGAAUCAAAGUGGAGUUUCUUCAAGAGAAAAAAGAAACAAAACACUAAUUUUGAAAACCCAAUAUAUGCGGAGAUGGAAAAGGAGCAGCAACAGGACACAGAAAAUGUCCCUACCCAUUCUCCUUCACUGCCUCCCAAGAUUAUUCUGAAGCGAGAUCAGCCACUAGCUUACACAGCAACAGAGGAUACAUUUAAAGACACCGCCAAUCUUGUUAAAGAGGACUCUGUGGUAUAACUAGGUAACUCAUUUAGGGAAAAUUAGACACAUCCAUUUGCACAUAUAUUUUUUAUAAACAGAAGAGUAAGGUUCACAUUCAAAUGCUUUAUAAAAAUAUAUACAUCUCUUAGCCAGUAGCUGGAGAUGUAUGUUGAAACUAUGCCUUGUUUUUUUGACAAAUGCCAAUUUCUAUUUUUAUGAACAAUUAUUGUGAUGUACUAUAUGUAUAUCUUUGCACUGAAGCUGUCUGAAAGUAAUGUUAUAAAUAUAUUGUACAUUUGUAAAAUUUUUUAAGAUUAUCUUGUUCAGUGAUGUUGCUAGUAGAAAUUUGUAUGGAAUCGGUCGUAUAUUUAGGGCUAAAUUAAUUAUAUAAAUGCUUAAAACUAAAAAAAAGAACCAAACAAGGCAAGUAUAGGAACAUUACUGAUUUACAGGGUCUUUAGAGUGUAUCUUUUAUAACAGCACCUUUUAAAACUUCUACUGGUGCUCUGGGCAUCUUUGCCACCUAUUUUAUAUAGUACUGUAUAUAAAAAUGGGUAUCUCUUUAUCUUGUGUUCAACAAAAGAUGAAAGAGUCAAUGCAGCAUUAUUGUGCUGAAUAGUUACCUGUGCAAAAUGUUGCUCUUACAAUGUUUUAAUUACCUGAGAUAAUUUCCACUCAAUCUGUAAGACAUAGUUUUCCUCUAGGUUCCAAUUAACACAAUUCCAUUAAUAGUAUUCCUAUGAAGACUGGAUAUAUUUAGAUUUUAGUGCCACAACUAGUUAAUGAGCUUUUCUCUUGCUCAUCAAUGGAAUACCUCUGUUCUUGGCUGGAGUCUCUGGAACUAAUUUGUACUAUGAACUAGCUAGGCUUCUGUAACAGCUUAUUUCCAAACAGCAAAAUAUGAAAGAUAUUGGUUCAUUUCAGAAAUUCUUCAGGUUUUUUUUUUAAUGUGAAAAUUUAAUUUUAUUGACUAUUUAUUUCCUGAUGUGGAUAUUAAUAGAAAGGGAAACAAUUUCUACUAAUGCAGUCUUUGUAGUUAUCUGGUUGUUCCUAUAACCCUCCAUCAGAAUAUACUAUUGAUUUUUUAGCUCUUCUAUUAAUUAGCCAAGAUAGCUUUCACAACAGGAGCCAUUUGAGAAAACUCCAAUUACAGGAUUAUGUUCUUCAGCAUUCCCGGCUAGCUACUCAUAUAAAAGAUUCCUGAAGUUAUGAUCAUUGAGACUUUUGCUAUUUGAUUGUUUUAUAUCUAAAUUCUCAAAAUAUAUACUAUUUCUAAUUAGAAUGCUUGUAAUUACAUUGUAACAUACUCUGAUUUAAAAAGCCAACUGGAAA